UAGGCGGCGGCAAAACUCAGCCGUUUGAAUGGACUCGGGUUGCUGGGCUCCGAGAGCUUAUCAAGCUGUCUGGGUGUGUUUGACUUUCAGCUCCCUCUCUUCAGUCUCACUGGUAAGCUAACACAUUAACCGUCUCCGGGUUAGCGUUUGAGCGUCACCAUGGUGACGAACCGUGGUCGAGCCAAAAGCAGAAGGGAUGUAGUUCGGAACCGUAAGCUGAAAAAGAAGGCAGCCAAGGUCUCGAAGACACCCCAGCGAGGCCGGAAAGAGACCAGCAUAAGGACAGCGGUGACUCGUUCAAAGACGAAAAAGCUUCCCAAAAGAGUUCCUGCCAAGAAAGAAGAAGAGAAUCACACUAAUUCACACACACGUGAUGAAGAAGUUGCAAAAAAAGCUGCAAGAAAAGUCAUCAGGAGAUCUUCAAGACUUAAGAACCUUACAGGAGGUAAGAAGAAUGGGAUCAGGAAGAGUCCCAGGAGAACCACACCGACGACUACAUACGACGCCUCCAAAAAGUUUGACGCCAUCAACAGCAACCACGGAGACCAGAAGGAUAUCACCAAUCAGAAGAAGAAAAAACGACUGAUUAGGAACAAGAAAGAUGGAAAGAUUGCCUCUGAAGAACAGAAGUCGAUAACACCAGAACCGCCGCAAACAGACCUCAUUGACACUACAGAUGAUACCGUUGAUGAUGUAGAUAGUGGGAUUGGAACAACUGCAGAUGAGGACAGUAACUGCAGUGUGACUGAGAAUUUUGAUGCCACACAUGGCAAGGCCUCGUCUCCUUACCAGGGACCCAAAAGAGGACAUUUCCAGGUCAGUCCAUCAGGAAAAAGUGUAACACGCAGGCGAAACUUCAGGGCCGCUCAGAAUGCAUGGUCGACUGAUGACGCUGAUUCAGACGAUGAAAAGGCCUCCAGCAGCAACUGCCGUGCACUCGGUCUGCGUACGGAGGAGCUUUAUAGUCCUCGCAGAGACAAGCUGGCCAUGGGAGCAGGUCUGGCAGACAUUGAUCCCAUGGCUAUUGAUCGGAUGGUGGGCUUUGACAGCAUCGGUGGGCUGUCGGGUCACAUCUCAGCUCUGAAGGAGAUGGUUGUCUUCCCUCUUCUCUACCCAGAAGUCUUUGAUAAUUUCAAGAUUCAGCCUCCCAGGGGCUGUCUGUUCUAUGGCCCGCCAGGGACUGGGAAAACACUGGUUGCCCGGGCGUUGGCCAAUGAAUGCAGCCAUGGCAACGAGAAGGUGUCCUUCUUCAUGAGGAAAGGAGCUGACUGCCUCAGCAAGUGGGUGGGCGAGUCAGAGCGACAGCUGAGGCUGCUGUUUGAGCAGGCGUAUCAGAAACGUCCCUCCAUCAUCUUCUUUGAUGAGAUUGAUGGCUUGGCUCCUGUUCGAUCCAGCAAACAAGAUCAGAUUCACAGCUCUAUUGUGUCAACUCUGCUGGCUCUGAUGGACGGGUUGGACGGUCGAGGAGAGAUUGUGGUGAUCGGAGCGACAAACAGGCUGGACUCCAUCGACCCAGCUCUGCGGCGUCCGGGACGUUUUGAUAGGGAGUUUCUGUUUGGCCUACCUGACAAAGAGUCUCGUAAAGAGAUUUUGAAGAUCCACACACGGCUGUGGAAACCUCCUCCUUCAGAAGACUUUCUGGAUGAGCUUGCAGAAAAAUGUGUGGGUUACUGCGGUGCCGACAUCAGGGCGGUGUGCACCGAGGCGGCGCUGUGUGCCCUGCGGCGCCGCUACCCACAGAUCUACGGCACCUCGCAGAAGCUCUUGCUGGACGUCUCCUCCAUCUCUGUUAGCAGCUGCGACUUCGUGGCGGCUAUGAGGAAGAUGAAGCCGGCGUCGCAACGCUCCAACGCCUGCCCUACAAAACCGCUGUCAGCUGUGGUCCAGCCCCUGCUGCGCUCGGCCCUCAGCCACAUCCUGGAGGUUCUGCAGAAGCUAUUUCCACACGCUGAGCAGGGGAUGAAGAGGAAGAGGGAGCCGGAUCUGACUUCUGGUAUCUUCGAUGAUGGUCUGAUGAGUAGUGGAGAUGAAGGGACCUCAACCUGCAGCAUUUCUGCUCCUUCCACCUCCCAGAGCAAAAACUUUCUGCAUUUUGCGAGGAGUGCUGUCAAACACCCAACGUCCCACCGCCCCCGAAUGCUCCUGGCUGGUCGCCCGGACUCUGGUCAGACGUCCCACCUGGCCCCUGCAAUUCUGCAUGCCCUGGAGCGUUUCACUGUCCACAGCCUGGAUUCUGCGGUGUUGUUUGGUUUCAGCUGGACUUCUCCCGAGGAAGCCUGUGCGCAGGUGUUCUGCGAGGCCAAACGGACAUCUCCCAGCAUCCUCUACAUCCCCCACAUCCAGCAGUGGUGGGACACAGCAGGAACAGCACUUAGAGCCUCGUUUCUCAGCUUGCUGGGCAGCAUCCCCUCUUUUUCUCCCAUCCUCCUUCUCGCCACCUGCAGCGUUCCUCACCAGCAGCUCGACACAGAGAUACAAACUCUGUUUCGGGAGGAGUAUGGGGAGAUAUAUACAAUGGCUGUUCCCUCCCGGCAGGAGAGAACAGAGUUUUUUGAGGAUCUUAUUUUGAACCAGGCGGCUGAACCUCCACCAUCUAAGAAUAAAGGAAUGACCCAGAACAUGGAGAUCCUUCCUGUGGCUCCACUUCCUCCCCUGAGACAGAUGACCGAGCAGGAGCGCCUCCGUGUGGAGGAGCAGGAAGAGGACGUGCUGCGGGAACUCCGCCUCUUCCUCCGUAACCUCACAGAGCGACUGAUGGUGGACCGCCGCUUCAAGGCCUUCACCAAACCUGUCGACAUAGAGGAGGUCCCAGACUACCUCAUGGUGAUCCAGAAGCCCAUGGACCUCUCCACCCUGCUGUACAACAUUGAUGAGCAUAAAUAUGUCACCGUUGAUGAGUUCAUGUCAGACGCAGACCUCAUCUGGCAGAACGCUCUCGAGUACAACCCAGACAGAGACCCAGCAGAUCGUCACAUCCGUCACCGAGCCUGCGCCCUGAAAGACACAAUGCGAGUCAUCAUCAGAGACGAACUGGACAAGGAUUUCCAGAGGAUCUGCGAGGAAAUUCGAGAGUCUCGGCUUGAUAGAGCAUUAUCCCACAGGGGCAGAGCCACUCUAGAGUUGACCAAUGGCUUCUACAACUCUGUGUUCCCCAGAAACAGCACUGGACCUCAACCACGUAAGAAAAAGUCUUUCAAAUCAUCCCGAAAAUCCAAGUGGAGCACUGGUGUCAUUAAGAAACGGCAACAAAAGAAGACAGCUUCAACCUCCUCAAUGUCCAGCAUAACCAGUUCAGAUUCAAGUGCAGAUGGAAUGGGAGGGGAGAGUAGUUCUGUUGGCCGAAGCUCGUCCAGUUUGUCAGACAGCAGCGAUGAUGACGAGAACAUCUUCCUGAAGCUCAACAGGAACCAUCGUGACUUUAAAGCUCUACAAAAACGUCUAAAGCAAAACUGCAACGAGUCCAGCAGCAGCAGCAGCAGCAGCAGCAGCUGCACUCCCAAAAUUAAACUGAAGUCCAGGCAGCCUUCAAAGUCUGACCCAAUCCGAAGGAAGUCGUUGACGGAGUUUUAUUUAAAGAAAUUAGAGAGGCAGAGAAAGACUGAGAUGAGAACAAACAAGGCUGUUUUUGAGCAAAUGCAGCAGUUCAACAAGAACAGAUCUGAAGAGAGUGUUGACGAGCAAACACCCGACCUGGUAGUUGAUCACAAAAAGCUGAAAGAGCUGCUGAGCAGAGCAAUAGUUAAAACAGAGGCCGCUGAGGUGGAGACUCUGGAGAAGUUUUAUGCUCUGUUGGCUCAAUCCAUCUACAGACACAGAAACAACUACAACAAGACAGAGCUCAUUAAGGAAAUGAAGAAGGAAAUUGAAAACUUCUCCUGAGCUAUAAUAAUAAAACCCAAGUAAAUUUAAAUGUAGUUUUCUUUUGUUUUUAUAUUAAAGUGACAGUAUUAAUUUGA